AUGGCUGACCUUUCGCGCAUCAGCGAACCUUUCCCGCCUGUAGGAGCAGCGCGCAGGAAGCUUGGCGAUCCUGCUAGCCUCAGUGCAUAUUCAUACGCCUCAAGAAAACGUGGUCAGGCAGGUCAACAGCACAAAUUCUCAUCUUACGGCAACAAUUCCAGGUUCGAGAGAGGCACGUCUCACAAUAUUCAAUCUUACGGCGAAAUUUCCACGUUCGAGAGAGGCACCCUACAAAUAUUCCUCAACCUCUCGCUGUCGGAUAUAGCAAUGGCGGCUCUCUCCCCGGUUGACUUAAAGUUCCUAGGUCAAUUCGCUCGAAACAUCGAGGCCGACAAUGAGUUACUAGGCAAACAACUCUACAAAUUGAACGGUUGCUUUCGAAUGCAGGCCGGAGUGGUAGUCAAGGCGCGUAAGGAACGACACUUUGAAACUGAUCCUCUGAGCGAUGUCCCCACCAAUAGAGAAAGAAUUGUGUGGUAUGCCAGGGAGGCCCUGACUCUAUUAGAACAGUAUGUUCUACCAAUGGUUGCCAACUACACUGAACUGAAGGUUCUGGCAUACAAGUUGAAGGCUUCUUGCUAUCAUCUUUACGUCUUGUUUCACAACCAGCCACCAAUUGCCCUCAAGAGCGCCCAGGUUUCCACCCCACCAGGACUCAAGUCACCUCGUACCAAGCUUGACAAGGGCAAGGGAAUCGACCGCGGCUCUCCAAUCCUCUCCGAUCGACCUAGUUCUAUCCAACCAACCCAUCCGCUAGAAGGAGGACCUGUUGGCGGAUACAACUUUCGAUUAGUCGAUAAGUCGAACUUCUUGAUCCCUGGCGUCGACUAUCGCACCAAGGCGCUCGAGUGCUUCCAAGAAGCUACUGCAUUCGCUGAGAGGCUCCUCUGGGGCAGUCAUCCUCUUCGCCUGUCCUUGAAGGUGGAGUUCUGUGCUUUCAUCUACGACUGCCUUCAUGACCGUGAACGUUCUCGACAACUCGCUGCCGUCACCAUCGCUGAGGUCUACAAUGCACAAGAAGGAAUGGACGACGAAAUGUUCGAGGACGCUACAGAGCUGGUGGCUAUUCUCGCAAAGAUGGCGAAGCGUGGUUUGGCAUCCGGACGUGGAGGAGAAUCGGCUGGUGGUAGUUCAGGUACUCGAACCGCAUCACCUCUACGCUUUGGCGGAGCUUCGCAACACCCAAUCGCAAGCCCAGGCAUGGACAAUCCAAUCUAA